AUGCUGCACAGGACAUCAUCAUCUCGACGCCGCAGGGCGUCAAGAAGUGCUGCAACUUCGCCACAAACCAGGUCUCCCCGACCUUCAGCCCAAACAUCUAGACGAGCCUCCCUCGCAACGACUGAGACAGAUGAUGAACUGGAACCACCGCCGCAACGAAGUCCCAGAGCGAGUCUGGCCCCAGAAGCAGCGUUGGAUUACCCGAGAAACCCCCGCCAUUCACUCGUUCCGGAGACACGGUCCGCUAGAAAUUCGAUUACACCAGAUACACCUUUAGUUAGAAACACCCUUACACCUUCCAGGAAUAACCUCGGCGUUGAACAAGCUUAUGGAUCCCGUCUUAGUUUAAACCCUCAGGACUUCAACCGCUCCCCACGAAACAGUAUCACGCCGGACGCGUCUGCCAGGACUCCACGUCGAAGUUUGGUACCGGAAGGGACCUCGUGGGCUCAGCCGCGAAACUCUUUAGUGCCAGACGUCGGGAGAAGUCCUAGACAUUCCGUUGCGAGUAUACAGAUCGAUCCCGCUAGAAACCAGAAAGAAUUGGGUCCAAGUCCACGUACCAGUCCGCGCGGUAGCAUGGCACCGGACGUGUUAAAGAAAGAUUUCGCCGAAUUAAACAAAACUCCAAGAGGAUCCUUGGUUCCCGAUUCUCAAAAGAGUCCAAGAGGGAGUAUCGCACCGUCUGAGAGAAGUGGCAGGGGGAGUCUUGUCACUGGAGAGAUAGAUUCUUCUAGGAUAAGUCCCCGCGGUAGUUUAACGUUAACAUUUCAAGAGCCGCUGGUUUCAAGAGAAAGAAGAGCUAGUGAUGAAAGCCAAACAGCCAGUGCAAGAGGUCGCGUGUCUCCCUAUAGAGCAUCUCUAGGGGGACGACAGGGCACUGCUCUGUCAGACACGGGGUCACGAAGAGCGUCUAGUUCCGUUAGCCAAGUAUCGGGCGAUGAACAGCGUCGAUUGUGCGGCGAACAGACGAAAUUUAACGAUCGCAGUGGUCUGGGACUGGGCGUGGGACUGACCACGUAUGGCUCGGUGGCGUAUCAAUUAAAAGACGCAAACAUGGAAGCUAGCGGAACAGUGGAUUUCGUCUGUCGAGCUGCCAAAAUUAUGAAUAGAACCAUUGUAAUGACUGUAUUCUUGGCCAUCUUAUCGACUCUUCCUGUCAUCAUGAUGAUAAUGGGUGUACAAUACAUUCGCGAUUGCCCAGCGGAACCUCGUCUGCCAGUCUACAUGGUGGUGGGAGGCGCCGCGGGGGGCGCUGGAAUCUGUUGGCUGCUCUGGGCACAGCUGGCGAGUAGAACGUCCAACUCCUCAGCCAGUGUGCCGGAAAAAAUACUAGCCUCCACCCUUACAGUAUUUCUUAUGGGAUGGUUUGCAUUCGGCAACUACUGGACCCUGGGCAUAAUGUGGCCGGACUACGCGCCGAGUCUCUUCGAGCCCAACCAAUGGUGCCACCGUACGCUAUACGUCUUCUCACUAACUCAACUCGGGGUGGUGUGGGGAGUUCUAGCCCUGAUGUCACUACUACUACUAUCUCUAGUUAUCUGUCAGCAACGGCGCAGCGUCGUGCUCGAGUUGUGGCACAGGAACAUUAACAACACCAUGGACGUUGCCGGCGCACUGCUGCCCUUUACCCAAGUCGUCCGCCCCGAGCUGACCAUCCACGUGCAAGAAGUGCUCACUCAAGCCGACGGUGACAAGCCGAAGAUACCGGAGAUCAACGAACCUAGUGACGAAGACGCGAGGAGCCCCAAGGGCCCGGCUUGA